AUGGCCAUCUACAGGAGCAAGGAGUCUCUCAACUACCCCCAAGACGCGACCAUCACGGACGUCCUCUUUCACCACAAUCUGAAUAAUACGCCUGCAAACAAGCCGGCUAUUAUCGAUGGAAUCACCGCUGAAAAGGUCGCGAACCAUCUCCGGCAUGAAGUUGGGGUGAAGCCUGGCUCAGUGGUGGGUAUUUUGUCAACAAACAAGAACUAUUACCCAAUAUGUGUGCAUGCCAUCCUCGCCGUCGGCGGCGUGGUAUCCGCGUUGAAUCCGCUGUAUGAGCCCAACGAAUUGGCACACGCACUGGGGCUCAGUGAACCUACCCACGUCCUUGUCGAGGAUGCACUGCUUCCCCGGCUUGUGACAGCUCUGGACACAUUGCCCGAUCUUUUCCAGAAGCCGGCCUUGUAUGUCUGGGACGUUGAAAAGCCCGAGCCUGGCGUGUACGAGGCCUUGAACGCGGAACACAUUAUAAAGCACGGCUCGGCCGACUUCGAACACAUCAAACACGCCCCUGGUGUCGCAGCCACAUUGCUCGCCUUCAUUUGUUUCAGCUCUGGAACUUCGGGGCUAGUAAAGGGCGUAAAGCUCAGUCAUGGGAAUAUUGUCUCCAAUAUUUUUCAACAAUCACAAGGGCUUCGAGGCAUGUUUGCGCCUAGCACCGUUGUCGCAUUGAUUGUCCCAUUCUUCCACGUCCUGGGCUUGGCUGGGUUUUGUUGUCAAUAUGUCAGCCAGGGCGCCCCAAUUGUGACAUUUCGAAGAUUUGAAGUCGGACCUCUGCUGGAAGCAGUCAAGAAACACCAGAUCACGCAUAUCAACGUCGUACCCCCAAUCGCGCUGGAGCUCUUGCGCUACCCCAUCGCUGGGAAGGGGGAAUAUCCCUCCGUCAAAUGUUUGAUCAAUGCUGCUGCCCCGCUGAACCAACGACAAGCAGAUCAACUUUGCGAAAAGUUCAGUUGCGUUGUCACUCAGUGGUAUGGGAUGACCGAGGCGAGUCCUAGUAUCGCGUCUCAAAAGGAAGACGAGGUCAAUAUUCCCGGCACAAUUGGAAGGCUUUUGCCUGGUAUUGAAAUGAGGGUAAUCGACGAACACUACAACGACGCACAGGUUGGCGAGUUUGCGAUCCGCGGCCCCAAUACCAUGCAAGGCUACGUCGAUGGCGAGAAGCGAUCCGACAACCCAAACACACCAGAUGGAUUCCUGAGAACAGGUGACAUCGGCUAUGUCGACGACGAGGGAUAUCUCUUCAUUGUCGAUCGAGCAAAGGAGAUGAUCAAAGUCAAGGGGAACCAAGUCGCACCGGCCGAACUGGAAGCGAUUCUCAUAACCCACCCUCAAGUUCUCGAUGCCGCCGUCUGUGGCAUCUACAACGAACAUGGGACUUCGGAGAUGCCUGUAGGGUACAUCACGACGAGCGUGCAAGGUGCUGAAGAGCAGGAACUUCUCAAAGCUGACGUUUUGAGACAUGUUCACUCUCAAGUUACCAGAUACAAACAGAUCACUGGCGGCCUGCACAUUUUGCCGGCUAUUCCAAGAAACCCUGCUGGUAAAAUUCUGCGACGACUUCUGCCGGCCAAGCUACAAGCCACCUACCGUACUGGCAUGCCUGCAAAGUUGUAG